AGUAUUUUCUCUCAUUUAGGGAAAAGAAUUUCAGAGGAAGAGGAGGAUCGAAGCGGGAAGAUGACGGAGUCGGUGAUAAGGAAGAAGCCUGGGAUGGCGAGUGUUAAAGAUAUGCCGGCGCUGCAAGACGGGCCGCCACCGGGGGGGUUUGCGCCGGUUAGGUUUGCGAGGAGGAUCCCGAGCAGUGGACCUAGCGCGAUGGCAAUUUUUCUGGCUGCCUUCGGCGCCUUUUCUUGGGGAAUGUAUCAGGUCGGGAAAGGAAACAAGAUCCGAAGGGCAUUGAAGGAAGAAAAAUACACCGCUCGCAGGGCUAUAUUACCAAUGCUUCAGGCGGAAGAAGAUGAAAGGUUCGUCAAAGAAUGGAAGAAGUAUCUCGAGGAAGAGGCCAGAAUCAUGAAAGAUGUUCCCGGUUGGAAAGUGGGCGAGAGCGUCUACCAUUCUGGAAGAUGGGUGCCUCCCUCGACUGGGGAGCUCCGCCCUGAUAUAUGGUAACAAUUUGUGGUUUUAACCUUGGUUUUGGCGCAUGGGAUGCAGGCAUUCUUUUCCUUUUCCUUUUCCGCAAUAUUCUCACUUUUCUUGCUCAUCGAAAUAAAAAAGUUAGAAGGACAAUGCAGAAAAAUCAGUUAAGUUUUCGGAUAAAUCAUCCCUUGCGUGUGGUGUCUUCAUCGGAUUAGUAUCUUUCCGAUGAUUCGAUGUUGGAUGCUAUGUUCUGUAUUAUUGAACUGAUAUACUACCUCUUCUUUGGUGAGUUAAUACAUGAAUUCUGAAGCUUCGAUUACUA